AUUUUCCCACACUUUCUGUUUUUUGUGUCUGAUAAUGUUCACAGUUUUAAGGAAAUAUGUGCAGACAUAUUAACUCCAGCUGUGUGUAAUCUGAAAUAGUAUUGGCCCUCUUCAUGAUUUUGUAUUUUUUUGUUUGGCACAGUUAAAUGUUUCAGACUUAAAUAUUAGGCCACACAAAUAAUCCAAGUACACACAACAUUUUGCUAAAUUUUGUUGUGGGUUCUUUUGGGACUUCCUGGAUGAGUCGUUGCCGCACUCUUUGGGUCAUUUUUGCAGGUCUGCAGUUCUACGUCAGUGACCUCUUGAUUUGAAAUGUCAGGCAUUAAAUCUGGGUGUGGUCAGUAAAAUUAAACUCUGAUCUCUAAAAAAUGAGAUUUACCACAGGUACCUCAUGAUUUAACAAGGGGGAUAAUUACUUUUUCACAUAGUGUGAUAUAGGUUUGUAUAAUUUGUUUUCUUUAAUCAAUUAACACUAGAACUACCAUGGCCCCUACCAUGGCCCCUUCUUGGUAGUUGUGUUAAAUCAAAGCAAAAAAAAAAAACAGUAAGGGGGCAAAUGCUUUGUAGCUCUACAUUUUGCUUGAAGUAACUUGAACAUACUGAGCAUUUUAUUCUAUACUGUAUAUACUGUAAGUGUCGGUUUCUGAAGAAAUACUGUUGUAAAAUAACUGUGUGAUUCAUUGUUUUUUGUUGUUAUUUUAACAGAUGGGUUGAAUAUCAACAAUUACACAAAGAAUUUUUGGGAUAUAGCCCCUCCAAAAUUUACUUGGAUGUAUUUGAUUGGUUAAUGUCGUUCUGAAAUACCCAUCCUCAUGUUCUGAGGAGGUUCUUGUCUAUAUGUUUUACAGUUGUUUGCCCCAUGCUUUCAAGUUAUUCUGUUGUAGUUGUAUUUCGUUUCAUUCAAAUACCCCACGAGAUGAAAUCUUGCUUGGAUCCUCAGAUGGACUCCAUAUUCAAAUAAUUGCAUCUAAUUUAGAGCACCCUAAAUACAUUUGACUCUUCAAUUGAUGUUGGUUCACUGCUUCAGUUUUGUUAUUGCUUUUGUAGCUAUGUCCCUGUAUGUGUAGUACAGUAUUGGAGUCCAGUAGGCCUCUAUAAUUUUAUCAGUUUAAGCAGCCACCAUUUAACGGUGAGUAUUGUAGGCCUACUUGUUAUCAUCAAGUGUCAGUUCAUGUCUUCAAGAGGUUGAGUGAGUCUCCAAGAGUUCAAAGUAAUCAGGGCCACUUAAAAAGUGUCCGUGUCAAUGCUGUGUCCAUGUAGGAAUCUGCUGAAAAGUCUUGAUAAAAGUGAACAGAUAUGUAUCACGUGUCUAUGUACUAUAAUUAGAAAUGGAAAGAUUUCAUUACAACACAGAACUAUCAGGCUACUUUUACUGACAGUGAACAUCCAUCCAUCCAUUUUUAUCUGGUCCGGGUGGCGGGGGCAGCAGUCUCAGUAGGGAAGUCCAGACUUCCCGGUCUCCAGCCACCUCUCCCAGUUCCACCGGGAGAACACCAAGGCGUUCCCAGGCCAGCUGUAAGACAUAAUCCCUCCAGCGUUUUCUCGGUCUGCCCUGGGGUCUGAUGGUGAACAGUGAUUGUUCUAUCUCUGUCCAUGGUGCUGAAGUACAGUUCAAAUAGCACUAUCUAUUUUACGUUCUUCCAUAAGUGUAAUUUGCUAUUUUUCCUACUUCUAUCACAGAGUUGCACAGUUUGGGUAAAGAUUUGUGUAAAUUACAAUUUGUAAAACAACACAUAGUGCUGUAUUUGUAUACUUCAUUUUAAAAAACAUUAUUACUAUUACUGUAAUAAAGAGGACUUGUGAUGUUCAGAGACAUUUGUUGUCAUAAUCAUUUUUUGCAUAGCUGGACCAAUUUCACAUAUCAACCUCUAAGGGACGCUAUUGCAUGGCAAAUGAAUGUGUUAGUAUUGUGUGAUGCAGUGCAGCUCCCUCUUCCGUCACUGUCAUUUAGCAGAGGAGCUUCUUCUGUCAACAACGUAUAACCACUGAGCUAAAAUAACGCUCCUCUGAAUGACUGUGUCUCCAAAGUAUUUAUUUCAUAGGGUCGUUUAUUAGAUUUCUUUUUCGCAUGGAGUUUAAAGAUGGCCAUUGCAGUGCAGGGAGAAAAUGGCGAUGGUUUUGGCCAAGGGCGGCCUGCCUCUUUGUCUUUUUAUGUUUUUUCCAACAUGGAACGGAGGCACAAAUCCGCUAUUCAAUCCCAGAGGAGCUGAAAAAAGGUUCGCUCGUCGGCAAUGUGGCCCAAGAUCUCGGUUUGGAUCUGAAAAGACUCCGUUCCGGGCGGGCCCGCAUCGUGACCGGUGAGAACGUCCAGUACGCCGAGCUGAAGGCGGACAAAGGGCUUCUGGUCGUCCAUGAGAGGAUAGAUCGAGAGCAGCUGUGUGGAGACGUGACGCCGUGCAGCUUCACCUUUGAGAUUUUGCUGGAAAACCCCAUGGAAUUGCAUCCUGUGACCAUCGAAGUGUUGGACGUCAACGACAACGCUCCCACUUUUAAAAAUAGUCAUUUGAAGUUUGAAAUAAGUGAGUCUGCUGCUCUUGGAUCUCGUUUUGUUUUGGAGAGUGCACACGACGCUGAUGUGGGUGCAAACGGUCUGCAGAGCUACAUUUUGACUCCGAGUGAUAAUUUUGUUUUAAAGGAACACGUCAGUCCUGGAGGCGGUAAAUAUGCUGAAAUGGUGCUUCAGAAAGGAUUAGACAGAGAAGAACUGCCGCGACUCUCUUUAAAAUUAGUGGCCGUAGAUGGUGGAAAUCCACAAAGAUCAGGUACAGUGAAUAUAAAUAUUAACAUCCUAGAUAUUAAUGAUAAUGCUCCUGCCUUUAAUCGAACAAUUUAUAAAGCUAAAGUGGUUGAAAAUGCAGCAAAAGGCACUCACGUUAUAACUGUAAAUGCCACUGACGCAGAUAGCGGAUCAAAUGGAAAAGUAACAUACUCGUUUUCAAAAUCAAAUGCAGGAAUAGCAGAUUUAUUUCAUAUAGACGAAGAAACAGGGUGUAUAUCUGUGGCAAAACAAAUAGAUUAUGAAAAAGAAAAAACAAUCGAAUUCAUGGUUGAAGCUAAAGAUCAAGGUGGACUUGCUGACUCUGCUAAAGUGGAAAUAGAAGUAAUAGAUUUAAAUGAUAAUGUUCCAGUCAUAAAUGUCAUGUCCUUCACUAGUCCUGUGUCAGAAGAUUCCCCCGCCGGUACCACUAUUGGUAUCAUUAAUGUUAAAGACCUAGAUUCUGGUGAAAAUGGUCAUGUCAAGUGCGAGAUUGAGGGCCGUGUUCCAUUUAGUAUCAAAUCCAAUGUGAGAAAUUAUUUUGCAUUGAUGACUGAUGCUGAUUUGGAUCGUGAAAGUGUGCCAGAAUAUAACAUCACCGUUGUUGCUUCAGAUGCUGGCUCACCUCCCCUCUCUAGUAAAAGGACUUUUAAUUUGAAGAUUUCGGACGUGAAUGAUAAUGCUCCUGCGUUUCCGGUCAACUUUUAUUCUGCGACCAUUGCCGAAAACAACUCUCCAGGUGCUUCUGUGCUUAGAGUCACUGCUAAAGACGCAGAUGAAAACCAGAACGCUCAUGUCUCUUACAUGUUGGAAGAGAGCGAAAUUGGAGGAACGCCAGUUUCUGAAUUUGUGUCUGUUAAUGCAGAGAGUGGAGCCAUUAGUGCAGUUCGUUCAUACGACUAUGAACAAAUCAAAGAACUCAUAUUCAUGGUCAAAACGCAAGAUGGAGGCUCUCCUCCUCUUAGCAGCAACGCAAGUGUCCGCAUCCUGAUCCAGGACCAAAACGACAACGCCCCCCAGGUCUUGUACCCGGUCCAGACGGGUGGCUCGGUGCUGGCUGAAAUGGUGCCUCGUUCAGCAGAUGUGGGCUAUCUGGUGACUAAAGUGGUGGCUGUUGAUGUGGACUCUGGACAGAACGCCUGGCUCUCCUAUAAAGUGCACAAAGCCACAGACAGGGCGCUGUUUGAAGUGGGCCUACACAAUGGAGAAAUAAGAACUGUCCGCCAAGUCACUGAUAAAGAUGCUGUCAAGCAAAGACUGACUGUUCUAGUGGAGGACAACGGGCAGCCCUCUCGUUCAGCUACAGUCAUUGUUAACGUGGCGGUGGCAGACAGCUUCCCUGAAGUGCUGUCAGAGUUCACUGACUUUAGCAUGCAUGACAAGGAGUACAAUGACAAGCUGACUUUUUACUUAGUCUUGGCUUUGGCUGUGGUCUCCUUCCUCUUCAUCACCUGCUUGCUGCUUAUCAUAUCAGUCAAAGUGUACAGGUGGAGACAGUCUCGCAUCCUGUACCACUCCAACCUCCCAGUCAUUCCAUAUUAUCCACCACGUUACUCAGACACUUUGGGGACAGGGACUCUCCAACAUGUGUACAAUUACGAGGUGUGCAGGACCACUGACUCCAGAAAAAGUGAUAUGAAGAACAUGCAAGCCAUGAGUCAAAGUUUAGUGAGUGUGGAUGGAGCUGAUGCUGAUACACCGCAUGUGACAAAGCAGCUGUCAGGAAACUGUUCACAGAUGUCAACUUUGGUGAGUCAAAUAUUUUACCAUUCUUUCACCAUUAUGGUUUAGUCGUCUGAUUAUUACUUUGCAGUUUAAAGUAUGCAUCUAAAAUAUGCAUCUAAUGUAUUGUAAAGGGUCUAUAUUCAUGGCAAUCAUUUCUGAAAGUGGCAUUACAUUUUUUUUAUUAUUGUGCAUUUAGUUUUCAUAAACAAGCAUACUUAUCAAUUGCUUAAAAUGCUUAAAACCUUCUUGUUAACAUCCUCUUUGUCUAAAACAAAUAAGCAACUUUUUUUUAUCAAUGAUAAAAACUUUCUAACCUUCCCAUGCAGCAAUAAUACGUCUUGGAAUUAUCACUCUUAUUUAUGUAACAGUAAUUCAUAUAGGGCAUUUUAUUUUACAAUCUGAGUAAUGCAAGUUAUAUUCAGAAUUUUAUCCAGACGUCCCCAUUUUCUCAGACAUUUCUUUUUCUGAGCCUACAAAAAGCAUUAUUUUAAAGUCAUCCAGGAUUCCAUUAUCUCAGCUGUCCCCAUGUUUGUUUGUUUUUUUUAAAUCUGGAAAUGGAAAAAGUAUACACAGUUCGGGUUGUGCUUUGCGAAUAGGUCGAAUGUUGAAACGGAAAGUAGGCGUAAAAAUUUGUCUCAUUUGCGAUUCGUUAUUUUAGCAGUGUUGUCUUAAUAAUAGAAUAAUAUGUAAAAUAAUAAUAGCGCCUUUGGCUGCCAAUUCCUAGACGGCCUCUCCGACCAGCACCAAACAUUGAUUUACAAUUACAUUCAUACACCAGUGUCUUGUUGAAGGCCAUCCGUGUAUUAAAGUUCUCCAGAAGGUCAAAUCGUACUUCCUGUUUCUGCUGAAAGCGCCUGAAGCAUGAAGCAACAUUGGUAAAAAAAAAAAAAAAAAAAAAAAAUAUAUAUAUAUAUAUAAAUAAAUUAGGGGCAAUGAUAUUUCUAUUUUAUUACAUACAUGUCGUGAAUCGCAAUAUAUGUACUUGAAUAUAUUAUGUCAGUAAAUUGAACAAAACUCAAAGAUUUCUCCUUGUACAGAGCGUCACGAUCCAUGUUGCUGUCCAUGGUUCUGGUGCCCUUACCUGCCAAAAUUAAAAAGUUGUCGUAAAAAAAGUAAAACUUAAGUUAACGAAAAUUACAGUACCACAUUUGUUUCAAGAUGGGGUACGUUUACCACCUCUUUGGCGUAUUGAGAAAAAAUAUAUAAUAUAAUUAUAAUAAUAUCAACAGUUAUUAUUGAAGUCUUCUUGAGAUAGUGCUUAAGACAUAUAUCAUCGAAAUCUUGUUUCAUAGUUGGAAAUAAACAAGCAAAUAUAUAUGCCUUUUCUGCUAACAACAAAUAACAAAAUAGGUAUUCAUUAUGAAAAGAAACAUUACUUUGCUUGGGUAAAAAAAAACAAUCUUCUGUUAAUUAAUUAUUUUAACUUUAUUUGUGAUGUCUGAUGAUCUGUGCUUUUAUUCAUGUAGUAUUUUUGAAAAUAUUACUUCAUGAUUAUACUUUAAUGUAAACAUUAUUCAUGAACUAAUUUGUUCAUUCAUCCACUUAGUACUGACAAUUAGUGGACUCAUAUUGAACUAAUUAGCAUUUUAUAUUAUAUCAUUUUGAUGAUGCUGAAUGAAAGUGUAUUACUGUGAAAAUGCUCUGAGGGCCGCUGUUGAUACGUCAUUGAAUAGCAGUGAAAAUAGUAAGAGCAGUGUUCCUCCUCUUCAACUCCUUUUAGAGCUUCACUGCUGAGAAAGACGGCCUGCUCGCCGUUUGAAGAGAUAUCUUUGUGGUGGAUCCUCCUGUUUUUUCGGAUUUAUUGUUUGAGGAGCGUUUGCUUUUAUUGUGAAGGACUCUCCACGGUGUAUUUUUUUGUAUUUUUCCAAUCAGUAUG